UUGUGAAUGGCUACUAUUGGCUGUUUCAAUUCACCAAUCAAAUUAAUGUACACUUAACCUAUCUUUGAGCAGUCUGUAAUUUACCAAUUCUGCGAUAUAAGACAUCAUUUUUGCGGGAAUUCAUUGAACAUUGAACGUGAUUGAACGUAACUGAACUGAAUUGAAUGUGAAGAAUGUUAACACCUUUUCCAUAAAAGGUUUAAGAUAUUGUGUACUGUUCUGCAAUUUUUAUUAUACUUUCAUUGCUUUUUCUCGUAUAAAAUCAUGGCAGUACAACCAAAUCAACAAUUUCAAAUGGAUGCUUCAGUCCAACAAAGUUUCAUUAGAUACUUUAAAAGUCUACCUGAAAAACUCAAUACAACUAUACGAUUUUUUAAUAGAACUGAUUAUUACACAUUGCAUGGUAGCGAUGCUUUAUUUGCUGCUCAAGAAGUUUUUAAAACCACAGCAGUUUGUAAAAUGUUGGGAUCGGAUCCAUACAAAAUCGAGGGUGUUAUUCUUAAUAAAAACCAUUUUGAGUCAUUCAUACGCGAUUUAUUGUUAGUGAAACAAUAUAGAAUAGAAGUUUAUGUGAAUCAGGGCUCUGCAAAAAAUCAAAAUUGGGUAUUAGAAUAUAAAGGUUCUCCUGGCAAUUUAACACAGUUUGAGGAUGUAUUAUUUGGUAAUAACGAUGUCGCAGUUAGCGUACGCGUAAUAGCUGUGAAACUUGGAAUGGAUGGAAAAUCCAGAAUCGUUGGUUUAAGUUGCGUAGAUACUACUGCAACCUUAUUUUCUGUAUGUGAAUUUCAAGAUAAUGAAUCAUUUUCUAAUCUGGAGUCUCUUAUUGUUACACUAGCUCCUAAAGAAUGUUUAUUAAUUCAAGGCGAAGGUAGCCAUGAAUUUCAAACUCUGAAACAGCUAAUGGAACGAAAUAAUAUAAUGGUCACAUUAAGAAAGAAAAAUGAAUUUUCGAACGAGUCAAUAAUGCAAGACUUAAAUACUUUAAUAAAGUUCAAAAAAGGUCAACAACAAAAUGUACAAUCUCUACCUGAAACCAAUUUAAAUCUUGCUAUGUCAGCUACUUCUGCUCUUAUCAAAUAUUUAGAUUUAACGUCAGAUGAAGGAAAUUUAAAUCAAUUUAGCAUGGACCAAAUAGAACAAUCGCGUUAUUUAAAACUGGAUUCAGCUGCCAUGAAAGCACUUAACAUCGAACCGCGUGCUGAUACUCUAUCUGCGUUGAGUGGAAAUGCACCUACAAGUAUAUUAUCCCUUUUGGAUAAAUGUAGAACACCUCAAGGCCAUAGGCUUCUCGCACAAUGGAUCAGGCAACCCCUUAAAGAUUUAUCCCUUAUUAAAGAGAGACACGAUAUUGUCGAAGCAUUAGUAAAUGAUAAUGAAUUACGAUCUGGACUAAAUGAAGAUAAUUUAAGGCGUGUACCAGAUUUACAAGUACUCGCAAAAAAAUUAUCCAGUAAAAAAGCUACUUUACAGGAUUUGUACAAAAUUUACGUGUGUACAUCACAUUUACCAAGACUAGUAGACCAGCUAUCUAAUGUAAACACAGUAGCCUUACAAACAAUGUUUACUGAUCCCUUAAUUGAACUUGUUAAAGAUAUGAAUAAAUAUCAACAAAUGAUCGAAGAAACAAUUGAUUUGGAUGCUGCUGAAAAAGGAGAUUUCUUGGUUCGACCAGAAUUUGAGGAUGAAUUAAAAGAAUUAAAAGCUACUAUGGACGAAGUGGAAGAAAAAUUGCAAGCACAGUUAGAUAAAGUUGCUACUGAUCUUUCGAUCGAAGGUGGUAAAACAUUAAAAUUAGAAUCUAAUCAACAAUUUGGUUAUUACUUCCGCGUUACAUUGAAGGAUGAGAAAGUUUUAAGAAAUAAAAAGCAAUACACUAUUUUGGAUUCUAAUAAAAGCGGCGUGCGAUUUCGAAGUGAUAAAUUAAACUCCUUGAAUGACGAUUACAUCGCUGCCCGAAAUAAGUAUACGGUAGAACAGAAAAAGGUUGUGGACGAAAUAAUUGAAAUUGCAGCCGGUUAUACUACUCCAUUAAAAAGUAUUGGAACUGUGUUGGCUAGUCUUGAUGUACUUACUGCUUUCGCUUCUGUUGCUGUGAGUGCCAAUAAACCUUACGUACGUCCUGAAAUGUUACCCAGUGAAGCAGGUGAAUUAAGUCUCGUUCAGGUUCGACAUCCAUGUUUAGAAGUUCAAGAAGGAGUAGACUAUAUAGCUAAUGAUGUCAAUUUUAAAAGAGAACAGUGUCAUUUUUGUAUCAUAACUGGCCCAAAUAUGGGAGGUAAAAGCACUUACAUAAGGUCAGCUGGUGUUGCCGCAUUAUUGGCACAUAUUGGAAGUUUUGUUCCUUGUGAUAAAGCAAAAAUAUCGGUACUAGAUUGCAUAUUAGCCCGCGUAGGUGCUGAUGAUUCUCAAUUAAAAGGACUCUCUACAUUCAUGAUGGAAAUGAUAGAAACUGCCGCUGUAUUGAGGACGGCAACGUGUAAUUCUCUUGUAUUAAUUGACGAGUUAGGCAGAGGCACAUCUACUUAUGAAGGUUGCGGUAUAGCAUGGUCAAUCGCAGAGUAUUUAGCGAAAGAUAUUAAAUGUUAUUGCCUUUUCGCCACACAUUUCCAUGAAAUCACUAGAUUGGAGGAAGAAGUACCCUCUGUUAAAAACGAACAUGUUACUGCUCUUGUCCAUGACAAUAAGUUAACUUUAUUGUACAAAGUAAAACCAGGUGUAUGCGAUCAGAGUUAUGGGAUACAUGUUGCUAAAAUGGCCAAUUUCCCAGAAGACGUGAUAAAUUUCGCUAAACGCAAGCAAGCAGAACUUGAAGAUUAUCAAACUUCAGUUUUUGAGGGAUCUGAUAAUCCGCAGAAGAAACAAAAAAUUAUCAUGGAAGCUGAAGGGAUCAUUACAGAAUUUGUUAACAAAUGUAAACAAUUAGAUAAAUCUUUGUCCAAUGAAGAUUUAAAGGAUAAAAUUUCAACAUUUAAGAAAGAAGCUUUAUCUCAUAACAAUCCUUACAUAGAAGCACUUCUUGCUGCUUCCUGAGUAAAAAUAUAACCGAAUUAUGGCAUUAAAACAACUACAGUCAGUAUUAUUUGUACAAAUAUUAUUUUUUUAAUGUAGGUUAUGCAAAGUUACAGUGUGAUUUUAUAAAUAUUGUAUUAAAUCAUUCAUUUUUAUAUAAACAUGUGUCGUGUUUU